GAGGGACCCCCCCUCGCCCCGCCCCCAGCCCCGCGAGUCCUUGAAGCGGUGCACGUGGUCGGCCAGCGCGGAGGCGCUUCCUGGCUCCCGGGAGAGAGCCCGGCUGAUGAAAGGCCUCUGCCAGCUUGGAGUCACCGCGCUGGGAGUAGGCUUCUCUGUUGGCCCCGAGGCAAGCCCGGCAGGCGACUCCUACCGGCAAGUGAAGCUGAGCUGCCUGUUCCAGAAUGAACCACAGCCCAGAGAAGGGGAAGUAGCUGGUUCUCUGCUAUGGCCUGUGAACCACAGAUGGACCCUGGCAGGGCGGCCGGCCACUUGCCCACCUCCUCCCCUGGCUGGAGUGCCCUGCCAGUGGGGAGCGCUCCUGGCUGGGGGCAAGAGCUCCACAAUGGCCAGGUCCUUACAGUUCUCCGGAUCGAUAAUACCUGCGCACCUAUCUCCUUCGAUCUGGGAGCUGCAGAAGAGCAGCUGCAGACCUGGGGCAUUCAGGUCCCGGCUGACCAGUACAGGAGCUUGGCUGAGAGCGCCCUCUUGGAGCCCCAAGUGAGAAGAUACAUCAUCUACAACUCCAGGCCCAUGCGGCUGGCCUUUGCUGUGGUUUUCUACAUGGUGGUGUGGGCCAACAUCUACUCCACCAGCCAGCUGUUUGCCCCGGGGAACCACUGGGUGGGUGUGCUGCUCGUGACCCUGGCCGCCAUGAGCCUGACCCUGACUCUCAUGCUCAUCUUCGAGAGACACCAGAGGAAGGCCAACACCAACACGGACCUAAGGCUGACGGCUGCCAACGAAGCCCUGCUGCGUCACCGGGUGCUGCUGGGGGUGACGGACACGGUGGAAGGCUGCCAGAGCGUGAUUCAGCUCUGGUUUGUCUACUUUGACCUGGAGAACUGUGCGCAGUUUUUGUCUGAACAUGUUCGAGAAAUGAAGACUAGCCAAGAGUCCUUGCUGAGAAGCAGAUUGAGCCAGCUCUGUGUUGUCAUGGAGACUGGGGUAAGCCCCACGCCACCGCCAGAGGGGCCUGAGAACCUGCUGGAGGACACUCCUCUUCUGCCCAGCAGCCCUCAUCCCGCAGACAAGCCACUCAUGCAGACUGAGCUUCACCAGCUUGUUCCUGAGGCGGAGCCAGAGGAAAUGGCCCAGCAGUUGCUGGCAGUGUUUGGUGGCUACUACAUCCGGCUCCUGGUCACCUCCCAGCUCCCCCAGGCCAUGGGGACACGACACACAGACUCUCCAAAGGUCCCAUGCCCCUGCCAACUCAUAGAAGCCUACAUCUUGGGCACCGGGUGCUGCCCAUUCCUGGCCAGGUGACAUAGGGACGAAGGUACUCAUUUUCCUCCAAGACAGAAGGUGAGAAGUCAGCGAGGCCUCAGGGGCCCAAGAUGGCCAAUGGCGAGCCCGAGGUGAGAAGCACCUGGGGUACUCUGAAGGGUGUCAGUCAUGCCAGCGACAGGGUGUCACGCUCACUCUGGGACCCUGCACAGAAACGGCUGUUGACAUCCCAUGAUGACCCCAGUCCUUUUCUGAAGCCGUGGUUGCCAAGCUGGGCCAGUUACAAGCUAUUCUCCAUGCUGCUUGACACUAUGGGCCUGGGUGGAAGGGCCGCUCUGCCAGCCCUCCCUGAGGGCAGCCCAGCAAAUGUGAAGAUGACAAGACCGGGCCAGAUGUGUCCACAGGCUGGUCUCGGAUGAUGUGCCCACCUCCAACCCCUCGUGUCAGCUGGGGAAACCGAGGCCCUGGAGGGCGCUGCCUGUGUGGCGUGGCCUUGGGCCUCUGCAGUGACAAGCCUGCCUCCUCCCAGUCUGAAAAAAUGAAGUGAAUUCUCAGAAUGUUCUCCUUUUUACAGCUUUCUCCUCUGAUUCUUAAGGAAAAAACAGAGGUACCUGUGCUUGCUUUCUGCUUGUGCACAGGCUUCCAGGGGACCAAGGAAGAAAAGCAAUGACACGUGACUGUCAGUGGGACCACCCGGAGAAGACGCAUUUUGUCUGACUUGAGGACUUUCAUUCCGGGGUAUGCGUGGUUGUGCUUGUGUUAUAUUGCAGAUGUGCACUGACGGCCCUGUUUUCUGACACUGUCACUGUACUGGAGUGAAGCGUCAUCUUUGUGGAGUUCCAUGAAGAGCUCAGAGGCUUCCAGGUUCUCUGCUCCUGAAUAAAUUUGAAGACCCAUGAUUCUAUAGGCCCAAAUCUGAAAGCUCUAGCCUGGCAUUGAAAGGUUCCCCAGCCCCCCAAAUCUGCCCUUCAUUUGCAAUUUGGCUUCAUCUCCCGCAAAAUAAAAAGUUUAAGUUUAAGUUGAAACCGUUUACUGAACUAACAUACCUACUGUUCCUUUCUCCCUGUUGGGCUCCUAUGCAUGCUUCAAAGUCCAGCUUUGCUUAUCCCAAUUUUAGGAAGCUUUCCAGCAUAGCCAGUUCUGCUACUCUCUGUCUCCUUUAAAUUCUUGAUGUAGCUGCUGCCUUUGCUGAUAUUUUAUUUUAUUGAUUCUGUUCUCCUGUGCACAUGCCUGUUUUUCUAGCCAGACUAUAAUCUACUCACGGAAAAAGACUACACCUUAUCUUUGUGCACGGUCUGGUCCUGCUAAAGAGUAAUUAAUUGCUCUGUCACCUUUGUCGUAGCUUUUGCAAAUUGCUCUCUAAAAUCAUCUGAGCCUUGGCUGGUGUGGCAUACUGGAUUGAGCUCUGGCCUGUGAACCAGAAGGUUGCUGGUUAGAUCCCCAGUUAGGGCACAUGCCUGGGUUGCAGGCCAGGUCCCCGUUAGGGGGUGCACGAGAAGCAACUGCACAUUGAAGUUUUUCUUCCUCUCUCCCUCCCUUCCCCUCUGUUUCAAAAUAAAUAAAUAAACUCUUUAAAAAAGUAAACUCAGCUGAAUGAUGACGUUGGCACAGACCUGGGUUCUGCUCCUGAACUGUCGUUCCUAGUUGUGCAGUUUAACCAUCUAUAUAAAGGGCAAAUCGGAUGACUCUUAAUGGCCCUUCCAAAGCCAAAGUUACAGGAAUUUCCAGUGUUUCUUGCUCCAUUAUAGCCCUUGGCCUGUCUGUCUUUUAUGCCUUUAUGUACACAUAGAAAGAUUCUAUAGCCCCGUGUGGCUGAGGUGCAUCAGACCUGACGCACUUUUGGACAGAACCCUGGCCUAGCUGGCAGGAGGAGACCUAGAUUCUCAUCCCAGAUCUGCAGCCUCCUAGCAGCGUGACCUUGGCGAGGUCACUUAACCUGUCUGAGUGUCACUUCACUCCUUUAUGACUGGGUCCAGUGAAUGUGAAGUGUUAUGAUGUGGGUGACUUACCAUGUGAGUCUGACCAUCGCUUUCUCUGGGCCAGAGAAGAGAAAGCGUUUGUAGACCAGCCCUUGGGAAUGGCUGUGUUAGCCAACUCUUGGGGCAGCUUUGCUCAGUGAGAAUUAUUCACAGAGGUGAUUAUGGUCUGUCUCCGGCCACAGAGGCAGUGUGGGCUGGGAAUGUGAUCGGUAGAAGCCCAUGGUUACCAUCCAACCAUUAAGUCCUGGCCAGUGUGGCAACAGCACGAAAGUGUGUGUGUUAAAUGACAGAACAGCAGUUUUCCCAUUUUAGGGCUUAAGGAGCCCUCAUGUGUUUUUUCCUGCUUUUCCCUUUUUUCUGUUUCUGACACUCUGUCCUGCUGGGAGGGGCAUUCAGCUGUGCACACCAGGUAUACAUCUCAGGUUUCUCAUUCAGAAAAGUCGGCCAUCUGUCUUGCCUGCUUCACAGGGUAUCCGUGAAGACCAGGUUCAGCAAAUGAGCAUGCAUUUUAGGUUUGAAGGCUGCGUUCAUGACAGCCAUGGUGACAGUGAAGGUGGGCCAGUGACCAGAAGUGGGUGCCUGGACUCCAGAGUCAGUGAUUCCAAUCCAAGCUCUGUCUCUUAGGAGCAGCGUCCUUCCCACCCUGAGGUCUCGCCCGUCCUGCGUGGAAUGGGGAUUAGAGUGCCUGCCCAGCAGGUUAUGGUGGAGAUAAACUGGUGUCAAAAAUGUGAAGCUCUUGCAGCUUUGUGGUGCAAGCUUGAAUAUGAG